UUCCAAACUUGUUUUCCUGAGGUAAAAAGGUAAGCACCUACAUGUGCCAGUGCAAGAUGUAUGUAAGCUGCUGACUGUUAACUGGCUGAUACCUGACGACCCUAAUGCGCUUGCCGGUGAACGGCUUGAGGAACUGUUUCAAACAUUCAGUCAGUCACUUGCGGAGGUUUCACUAGAGUACUCAGUACCCAGUGCUCGUGUCCCAUCACCAAUCUACUAUUUUAUUAUUAACAAUAAUAAGUUUAUAAAAUGCCGGUGAUUUUAUUAAACUGAACAAGAUGCGCAAAAUAAAAUAUGAUACGGCUCUUACUAAUGAUUAUUAUCAACACAAGUCUAUGUACCUCUAAAAUAAAUCAAGACAAACGCAGUAAGUUUAUUUAUUUUUUUAUUUUUUUUAAAACUAUAUUUUAACGUGCCCUCGUUAAAGUAACCAGCGAGCAAAGCUAAGCAUUACAUAUUAAAUUGACAGUAUCGGUCUAAUAGGACUAUGCCUCGUGCCGUCAAGUGGUCGUGCCACUUGCUACUGCAAUAACUAGCCUUGUUGAUCACCUUCAGGAAACUUGUAUCAUCGAGUAUUUUAUUUAUUGGUGAACUCGUUUGCUAACCGGAAAAACUCCUCAUCAUUUACUGAUUUCUUACAUCUAUAUAUAUAUACAUAUAUGUAAUGUAACGGUAUUAUUAUAAACAUGAGAUUUAAAUCACAUGACAAUAUUAAUUACACCCACUAAAUAAAAUUAUCUCUUGUAAAAAUAAUAUUUAAAUAUUUAUUAUUCACAAAAAAAAAAAGAAAUGUAUUUAUUUAUUUAUUUAUACAGUUAUAAAAAUAAAUCGGAAGUGUUUAUAACGGCAGUAUAUGAAUAAAAUAAAAUCUGCGAGUUUAUAAAACGGCAGUUACUCUUAUUAUUUACGUAAUAGCUGAGUAAUUGAAGAUAUCUAGAAAGUGUACAGAAUCGCGUGCUGUCGGUGUUUAUCUCUUAUGUAUUUCGGGGAAUGAAGAAAGUUAUUAUUGAGAUAAAUAAUAAAAAUAAUUUGUUUGAUACAAUAGUAAGAGGACUAAUAAGUGGAUGGGCACCGCUCGUGUGGCUGGCACCUGGUGAAAGAUUUCUGCCACUCAGUGUCCCGGAGUUCUUGGAGCACGUGCAGGUCGGGGACAAUUACCUACGGACACGUGUUGACGUUAAGACGCUGCUGUCUAAUGAGACGUCAUUUCUGUAUGGAAAGGAGCCUGGUACAGUACCAAUUUAUGCCCUGGUCCAGAAUUGUCUCGACUCGUCAGCACAAUCUAAUUUGGUGGCCAGUGACCGCAGGAGAAUAAAACGUAAGCGCGCGCUCGCUUAUUCGCGGGUCGGCCGGGAGGACUCAGUGAUCCAGAGCAACGAGAUCUUGACGAAAGCUGAAGGAAAUAAUCACGGGGAAGCGAGCAAAUUGGUCUCCAAGGGAAAGAGGUCGCGGAAGCUGAACUUUCACGUGACCUAUUGGAUGUUCUAUCCGUUCAGUGAGGGAAAGGCUGUAUGUGUUCUGGAUCUUGGUUUUUUUGGCACAUGGCCGAUACCAAGUGUGGAGGGAGUUUGUCUCGGUCAACUUAAAGAGUAUGGAAAUCAUGUGGGCGAUUGGGAACACAUGAGUCUUUACUUCGCGGGAGAUGAUCAUCCUGUAGCGAUGUACGUGUCUGCUCACGACGCCGGAGCGUAUUACCGGUACGACAUCAGAAGCGGUACUUUCAUUUACGAGAGUCAAGAAACGCGGAAGGGUAUUUUUCAGAAGCCCAUAUUUCCUGAGCGCGUUUUCACCUCCAGUGGCUCGCAUCCGAUUCUCUUCAGCGCCAAGGGCUCCCAUGGGCUGUGGACGGCGCCGGGUAAACACAAGUUUGUAAGAAUACCUAGACUGUACGACGAGAGUGGGUUCGGCACUCCCUGGCAGACGUGGAAGAACCUCGAGGUGAUUCCCACCGAAAAUCCCUCGACGGCGCCAUCCUGGAUGUCCUUUACAGGCAACUGGGGAAAUCCUAGAAGCAAUUGUCAUCCUCUUGUUAAUCUAGGAUUUAAUAUUUGCGAGUUUGUCGACGGACCAACCGGGAUACCUACAAAGAAAGGAAGCUUUCAAUGUCCUAGUUCUUGUGAUUAAAUAU